CAGAUAGCUCAAAGAGCAGCUGUGGUUUGUUGAUUUUGUUCAUCUUGAGCCAUUCCUUGUGGCCACGGCAAUUCCUGCCACACGACAAGCCGCAGUUUCCGAGCGAUUCACCCGAGUUGAUUUAGUUUGCUCCAGAGGAGAUGGCGCACAAGUUGACGCGUUGGAGCGUCAGUGCGGCAAUGCUUCCUCUCAGACCUUUGAGGCGCAGCCUCACUGCAUCUGCGCCCAGCAACAUCGCCUGCAUCUUUGAUGCGGUGAAGUUCAAGCUGAGUGAAGCUGAUCGGCUGAACCGGAAAGGUGAAGCAGUCGAGGCGCGAUCCUUGUACUUAGAAGCUCAGAAAGCUGCAGAGAUUGGCAGCCAGGACGUGCGACGCGAUGGUCACGCGGCACGGCUGCAGCUGCUGGCGGCCCGCUGGCCGAAAGCUGGCCUGGAGCGACGCGUUCCGCUGCAGGUGGCCAUCGAGGCGGCGCUGCUGCAAGCCGAGGAGGCGUCUGCAGAGAAAUUCGCAGUUUGAUACUGCGAAGAGCUCGCUGUGAAGAGCUCGCGAAAAUGGAAAAGGAACUCGAGAAAACAAUAGGCCUGAAAACUAAGUAUUUCAGGCUGAUGCUAAGAAUACAGAAGACAUUUUGGUUACAUUUACUUUCCGGCAAUCAAAUAUGGCAAUGGAGGAUCCAGC